GUGACAAUAAACCGCAUCGAAAACCUUGCCGCGAAAUCAGUCUUUGUUCCCGUCCUCCUCCUCCCCUCCUCCCCUCUCUUCCCCAUCUCCCUCCCUCCCCGCCUCCCAUAAUACACUCUCCACAUCAUGGCUUCCACGCCGACAAAGCAGCAGGACGACGAGGACGUGCUCGAGCUUCUCGAGUCGCUCGGUCCCGACGCGCGCUCCUCCUCGUCCGGCAACGAGACGCCUUCUACAACUGAGCCCUCUGAGAAGGAUCUACUCGGAUUCCUCGACUCGCUCGAGAAAGAGACCGCACUGCCCGUGUCCGAGUCUGAGAGCAAAGACGCCGCCAGCACAAACGAAAAGGCCUCUGCUCCUGUCGCGCAGAAGGCUGCUGCUCCCGCUCCUACCGAGGCUGCCGCAGCAGCGCCAGCUGCAGCUGCUACCGCGUCCGCAGCUGAUCCCGAGUCCGAGUCCGCGGCCGCCAGUCUACCAAACCCUGUCGCUUCAAUUACUAGCUGGUUUGGAUCUUCAGGAUUGUGGGACUCUGCCUCGGCGGCCGUCAAGGGCGCGGAGGCAAAGGUCAGAGACUUGCAGCAGGCGGCUGAGACGCAGUCCUGGGAGGAUAAAGUCAAGGGCAACAUCACGGCUCUGAACAAGUUUGGCAUAUCAAAGACGCUGGUCUCGACGCUCUCCUCUGUGCUGCACACUAUCGCGCCGCCAAUCAUGCGACAUGAACAACUCCGAAUCCACAUCUUCCACGACCUCGUCGGCUACCCCUCGAUCGACACAAUAGUCUACUCGGUCUUUGACCGUGUGAUGCAGCAGGUUGAAGGCGGCGAGCUAAUGAUUGUCCAGAAAGGCCGCGAGAGCCGCCAUCGCGACUCGGAUAAGAAGGGAGUUAAGCGCGACAUGGGCAUGUUCCACGGCGGCCUUGUCGCGGGCGAGAAGCUCUGCAAGGCUAAUAUCCAGCAGAUCCGGGCAAAGGGGAAGGAAGUCGAGACUUCUCCUGAAGAGGAAUCGCCAGUGCGUAAAUCCGACAUCUACCUAUCAAUACAAGCGUGCGUCGUCCAGGACUCAUCAUCAGACGCGACCAAGGAGAAAGUCUUCGUCUUCAUCAUCCACCUCGACGACCCAUUCCACUCCCUCGCCUUCACCACACACUCGCAAUCCUUCCCUCUGCAGUGGUGCGAGUGGCUCGACAGCGACGAACCCAUCCCCGGCCAAGUCGACCCGCGAGAAUGGCUCGCAGAGUGGGUCGAGGAAGGCCUUGGUCUGGCGGUCGGUGUCGUCGCGCAGCGCUACGUCGCUAGUAGAAUGGCUAUCGGCGUUGAUGUUUCGGAGGCAUUUGAGGAGGAGGAGAAGCCGGCAGCUUGAGUUUACGAGUCUUUUGCUUGUUUUUCAUCCACAUAAUUUAAUGCGCCUUAUGACUGUCUUGUUCUCUUGUUCUUCUUGUAAACGAAUCUAGAUAUAUGUAGGCUGACACGCAAUUUUCCAGCAUGCCACAUCAGACACCCUGCAUUAUAUGACCUACUCUGUAUCGGAUUUAGGAUUCAGAAAUCUAUUCAUCAAAGAAACCCUGUGUAAACCAUCAAUAUCACAAACUGCUUAUUUGGGAAACAUCGCGAUGAUAUUGAAUAGGGUUAGGUUCCUCACUCCCUCAGUCUCUGGAUAACUCUUCCCCCGG